UCCAGCACGUAAUCAUCUGCUGACCAGUCACAGAAUAGCCCAACUGAGUCUUACUGCUUCCAGCACGUAAUCAUCUGCUGACCAGUCACAGAAUAGCCCUACUGAGUCUUACUGCUUCCAGCACGUAAUCAUCUGCUGACCAGUCACAGAAUAGCCCAACUGAGUCUUACUGCUUCCAGCACGUAAUCAUCUGCUGACCAGUCACAGAAUAGCCCUACUGAGUCUUACUGCUUCCAGCACGUAAUCAUCUGCUGCCGAUUCUCAAGAUGGGGACCGCGGAGUUCUUGGGGAAAGUAUAGGGCUAGAGCACUCUCGAGCCAACGUCCAGCAAACUAGUGGACGAAGUGUGGACGAGCUGGAACAGGCCAGUGUUGCGAGGGACGUGGACUGUUUGUAUUCCGCCAUCCACCCAUUAGGUCGUGAAGGAAGGGCAUCUGCUUCUUCUAUUCUUCGUCAUGUCGUGGAUCAGUAACUGAAGCCUGUCAUGACAUACUGCAGACUAUACCUCCACAUCCUCUUCACGAUCGGGGUCCUUGUUACGGGUAUCCUCGGAUCAAAGGCGGAGGGGAUCGGCUGUUUCGUGUGUACGUCGAUCAACCACAACAACCCUGAAUGUGAGGACACGUUCAACAACACGGGCAAGUUCUUCGAGACGGACUGCUGGGGGUCGAGGAAAGGAAGGGUGGGGCUUUUCCCGGGAACGCAGUGCAUCAAGAUGGUGGCAGAGGACACGGACACUGGGUACUCGAUCUUGAUACGUAACUGCGUGGUUGACAACGGCGGCACCAACCCCGAGACAGAGAUCGGCCGGAUGAGCCACUGUGGCUGGAUGCGGUCUCUCAAGUACAUGGGCAAGUCCAUGCGAGGGUGCAUCGUCAGUUGUGAUACGGACGCCUGCAAUGGUGCUGUUACGUCACACCCGACGUCUUAUACCGUGUUCUUAUUGGCUGUAAUCUGUGGCUGGAUUAUGCUACAUGUCGCAGUGCCAGACAUGGGUGAUAAUACAGACUCGUAUCUCCAUGUGUUCAGUUGAUGUGGGGACAGACAUGUUUGUUUAGACUGUAAUGCUGAGAUUCCUUUUGUCCGGUUGCGUUUGCGGCUCCGUUUGCGGUGCGGUGCGGUUUAAUCAAGCCAGGUUGUUCCAGGUGAGAGUGAUUCCAUUGGUGCGGUCCGUUUGCGUUUAGUUAUCCGAAACUGCAUGCGCUUAUUUCAAUCGCUCCGUGGGGCGAUUCAUCCGUUUGUCCGUGCGGUAAUUUUAGGGGAAUCCCAUGUGUAAUUUCCCCCCACAUGUAGAUUAUCACCAAAAGGCUGUAUAAACGCAUACUUUGCCGUCAAAUGGAUUCACUCAAAACGUAUUGUAAACGCAACCGCAGUCGUAAACGGAGCCGCAAACGCAUCCGGACAAAAGGAAUCUCAGCAUUAGACGAGGUUGACACCAUACGUUUAACAAUCAGGAGAGAAGUACGUGCUUCACUCGUCCUCUUGUAAAACCUGUUAAAAUUAUAUCCCAUCCCACACACAACAAAGGGAGCUGUCCAAAAUUGCUCAAGAAUAUGCCUUUGAGCAACUACGUUUAAAAAAAUAACGCGCCGAUGGACCUACCGAAUUAUGCGUCCAUCUCAGACCCGCCUCGGUUACCUAUGGCAACCUUGUAGGAUUCUUCUAGGACAGUUUUCUCUACCUCUUCUACCAUGUUGCGACUGAAGAAUACUAUUAUUUGUAUAGUGUUUAACAAUGUAACAUGUAUCUGUUUUUUUCACACUGCCGCGACAUAGGCUAUUCUUACAGUAUAAGCAUCAAAGGAUCUUGUAUAUGCACCGCUCCAUAGAUUGGACGUAGGGCGGGACGCAGCCCAGUAGUAUAGCGCUCGCCUCAUACGUGGUAGGUCUAUGAUCGAUCCCAAUUUGUGGUCCCAUUGGGCUUUUUCUAGUCUCAGCCAGUGCACAAUAACUGGUAUUAGGCCUUGGUCUGUGCUUUAUUGUUUGUAGAAUGGUGUAUAUAAAAAAACUGGGAAAAUGUCUUCAAUCUCAAGACUAAAUGUCAAAAUCACUAAAUGUUUGGCAUUCAAUAACCAAUGAUUAAUAAAUCAAUGUGCUCUAAUUGUGUCGUUAAACAAAACAAACUUUAACCAUAGAUAAACAGUACAUGAUACCAGUCGUGGGUUGCUGGCUGGGACGGGAAACCCACAGGUCUAUCGACGGCAAUCAAUCGUGUGACCCACUGGACACCAGGCGUCGUGGGUUGCUGGCUGGGACGGGAAACCCACAGGUCUAUCGACGGCAAUCAAUCGUGUGACCCACUGGACACCAGGCGUCGUGGGUUGCUGGCUGGGACGGGAAACCCACAGGUCUAUCGACGGCAAUCAAUCGUGUGACCCACUGGACACCAGGCGUCGUGGGUUGCUGGCUGGGACGGGAAACCCACAGGUCUAUCGACGGCAAUCAAUCGUGUGACCCACUGGACACCAGGCGUCGUGGGUUGCUGGCUGGGACGGGAAACCCACAGGUCUAUCGACGGCAAUCAAUCGUGUGACCCACUGGGCACCAGGCGAGCACUGUCGCUGAGCUACAUUCUGACAAAGCAAAUACGUCCGCGUAUAUCCGUAUACAUGACUAUUACUUUUUGAAUUUUAACUCACAUCAACAUUUAACAUAAAAGUGAGUAUCGAGGCCUUCCUAUUAUACAAACAGUACUAGAUGUAUUUUCAGUGUUUGCGAAGUGUUUUCACAGCUUCAUAUAAAUCGCAUCACGAAAACAGAUAAUUAUGACAAUGUUGCGUUUUGUCAAAUUAAUGUUCAAAUUUUAUAGCGUUGGAUAUCCAGCAGCUGUGCUGAAACUCCUGAUCUUAAUUAAAAUGAUGCAGACUGGGUUAAAUGUUAAACUUUGAAAACUGCAGAAUUCGCCUUUAAUGUGUAAUUGCUAUGGAGUAAACGUACUUUAGGCCUACACUGGUUUGUUUUUGGCAUUUACGUUACGUAGCGCUAGUGGGUUAGGGCUUAUGACAUGACUGCAUUAAAAUACAUGUACAUGUUUUUAACAAUGAUUAACAAUGUGUGUGUAACAGAAAAAUCAACUUCCACUGAGGGGAUUCGAACCACGGACUCUCAGUGCGAGAGUCCAGCGCUCUACCAACUGAGCUAAUAGGCAAAUUUCCACUAGCUACUGCCAGUAGGAGCACUUUAUACCAACACUACUACAUACUUCCCCCUCAAGUGAAGCUACGUCCCGGAACUGUGGGCCACAGGCAGUUGACUGUUACGGGUUCUAACUGGAUUAUAAUUGUAUUCUUGUGUUAAGAAAACACCCAGCCCCUACAUCGGCUCCAAAAUGUAACAGAUAAAUAUCAACCUCCACUGAGGGGAUUCGAACCACAGACUCUCAGUACGAGAGUCCAGCGCUCUACCAAGUGAGCUAAUAGGGAAAUUCCCACUAGCUACUGCCAGUAGGAGCACUUUAUACCUACACUACUACAUGUGGAGCUAAAAGAAAAAAACAAAAACCCAGUUGAUUUUGCGUUACAUAUUGUUAAACACUUCCUUACGCUGGCAAUUUAGGCUAGAUCUUAAUAGUUUGUAAAACGAUUCUAGAACUGCCAAUGUGUUAAAAUCACUUUGAUUUUUUUUCAAUGUUUAAGUGUUUGAUUAUUGUUAUUGUUGAAACGUCACCGUGUUAUUACAUUUUCAUAUUAUUAUAUAUUAACUGUGUAUAUAUUAAAUAUAUUUAAGUAUUAUCGAAUAUAUAUAUAUAUAUAUAUAAAUAUAUAUAUAUAUAUAUAUAUAUAUAUAUAUAUACACACACACACACACACGUCUUAGGACAGGAUUCAGAAAUUUGUGAAAGCAUCAUUUAAAAUACGUUAUAAUGGGGGAGGGGUGUAGAAUAAACAAGUUCUUGUGUUAAUCGGAGCAGAACGAUAUGGUAAUAAACUCGGUCCGUCUCUUUAAACGACCUGCACGGCUUUGUCGUGUCUUAGUGGCAACGAUCGUUUAACACACUAGCUAGUAUUCAGCAGUAAACAGGAAACGGUGUUUGCCUUAAUUACACAUAGAUAAAUCUGUAUAUUCAGUGGAGGAACUAAGACUCCGAACCGGGGUAUGCGUUGCCCCCCCCCCCCCCCCCUACCCCCGUUUCGUUGAAAUACAACAAAAUAUGGAUUUGAAUGCAAUUAGGUUUUUCUAUUUUGUUAGAAACGGUUUUAAUACGGCCAUUGGUUUGUGAUUAUCUGAUGCUUGUAACAGGUUUUAUGAGAACCAGUCUUAAGGCGGUCUCUUACAGAAGGUGGUUGUUUAACAGAGGAGGCUGCAUGGUAGACAGUUACUGGCAAGUACAUACAGCAGACCAUUUGUACAUAUUGUUAUAUCCUAUUAGUACUGUAGUUUAUUCUUUUAAUGCAUGUGUACUUGUAUAGAUGGUUGUUUCACCACGUGUAUCACCGUCGUGUAGUCACAUGCAGUUGUCUUUAACUUCCCAAAGAACUGCCUGGUACUGUGUACUAUCAAGUUUACAUCAUGUUCUUAUCUCUAUUUUCACAUGUAUUGUUUGAACAUACAGCAGAGUCCCAACAUUAACAUUAAAUCAAAUUCCAUAGACAAUGCUAGUAAUAUAUGUGGCUGAAGAUACAACCUGCAGUAUUUCAGUCAACACACAGAUAUAAUUAUGAUAGCUAUAAAUACACGUGUACUACAACCCAUCACCCAUUAAAAGAUAUUUUUAAACAGGAGUUUGGGGGUGGGGGGGGGGGGGGGGGGGGACUCAUGUUGCUGGUUUCAAAUAUUCACAGUGGGAAGCAUCACUGUCUGCUAGGUCUGCACAACUGCCGUUCUAAUGUUGCAGGCAUGUGCGCUAAAUGUUUAGUGGUGGUGGGCGUCUAGAUUAUGGCGACCAAAUGUUAUGGGGUGUGUAUCAUUCUGCCCCGGAAAAUAUAUUUUAAAAAGAAAAUAUGCUUGAGUCGGGGUGGUGGGUGUUAGUCAACCUGUUGUUGUUGUUUUUUGUAGGACUGUGCAUGUUGCUAGUACUUAAUUCUGGUUCCGUUUAAAUUACAGGAAUUGUACUGGCCAGAUAAAACAAUGUUUACUAUAUGGUAAGGACUGUCCUGCCAUAUAUCUCACCAAUGGCAGGUGUGGUUGUAUUUAAUGCUCUAUUUAAAGUUAUGUACACUUCAAAUUAUUAUUAGCAUACUGCUACAUUUAGCACUUUAAUGGAAUUAUUCAGUAUACCCAAAUGGUGGGUGUCAAGUAGACAUGACAAGUGUUUGUUUUUUAACUUGCAUUUUGUGAGCAGCCUGAUUGGUUACAUUUGUAUGUCUGUUCAUGUCCCUUACAGUCUAUUGUAGAGUUUAUACAAUGUAUCAGUUUCUUCUGACAAUAAAGGGACUGACUGUACAUAGUAGUCAGUGAAAACUAAAUUGAUUUAAUGUUGAAUCCUAGCUUACGUUCAUCUUUUUAUCACAUUUGUUCAAUGCAAAACGUACCAAAUUAUUCUUUAUUCGAGUGUAUACCAGUUACAUGUAUAAAUAUAUUGAGAAAUAAAUGAAGUUUGCUAAAUAUGA